GCCUGCAGGAGGAGCUGGCAGGGUGCUGGCGGUUCCCAGGCGGGGUUGUAGCGGGUCUCGAUGGACUCCACCGCCUGCUUGAAGUCCUUGCUUCUGACCAUCAGUCAGUAUAAAGCCGUUAAGUCGGAGGCAAAUGCAGCCCAGCUUUUGCGACACUUGGAGGUAAUUUCUGGACAGAAGCUCACACGAUUGUUUACAUCAAAUCAGAUAUUACCAAGUGAAUGCUUGAGUUGCCUUGUGGAGCUACUUGAAGAUCCAAACAUAAGUGCGCCGCUGAUCUUAAGUAUCAUCAAUUUGCUAUCUCAGCUAGCUGUGGACAUUGAAACCAGAGACUGUCUUCUAGGUACAUACAGCCUGAAUAGUGUGCUGGCAGGAGUGGUUUGUCAGAAGAGCACUUGCCACAAUGAUUCAGUGUUUUUGCAGUGCAUUCAACUUCUGCAGAGGUUAACAUACAAUGUCAAAAUUUUUCAUUCUGGUGCCAAUAUAGAUGAAUUAAUUACAUUCCUCAUAGAUCAUAUUCAAUCUCCUGAAGAUGAGUUAACGAUGCCUUGUCUAGGAUUAUUGGCAAAUCUUUGCCGACACAAUCUUUCUGUUCAAACACAUAUAAAGACUUUGAAUAAUGUGAAAUCUUUCUAUCGAACUCUUAUUAGCUUCUUGGCCCAUAGUAGUUUAACUGUGGUUGUGUUUGCACUUUCAAUAUUAUGCAGUUUGACGUUAAAUGAAGAGGUUGGGGAAAAGCUGUUUCAUGCUCGAAAUAUUCAUCAGACAUUUCAGCUAAUAUUUAAUAUUCUUAUAAACGGUGAUGGCACACUAACUAGAAAGUAUUCGGUUGAUCUAUUAAUGGAUCUCCUUAAGAAUCCUAAAAUUGCUGAUUAUCUUACCAGGUAUGAGCACUUUUCUUCAUGUCUUAAUCAAGUAUUAGGUCUUCUUAAUGGAAAGGAUCCUGAUUCUUCUUCAAAGGUUUUAGAAUUACUUCUUGCCUUCUGUUCAGUGACUCAGCUGCGCCACGUGCUCACUCAGAUGAUAUUUGAACAGUCACCAUCUGGCAACACCAUUCUGGGAAGCCGUUCUAAAUGUUUGGAACCUACUGUGGCUCUACUUCGUUGGUCAAACCAACCUUUCGAUGGAUUAGAAAACUAUUCUAUUUUAGCAUUGGAGUUGUUCAAGGAAAUAUUUGAGGAUGUCAUAGAUACUGCUAACUCUUCUGUGGCUGACCGUUCUGUGGCCCUUCUGCUGCCUACAAUCAUUGAUCAGCUUCAGUUCACAGAACAAAACCUAGAUGAAGCCUUAAUAAGAAACAAAUGUGAAAGGAUGGUCAAGGCCAUUGAAGUUUUGUUAACUCUGUGUGGAGAUGAUACUCUAAAAAUGCAUAUUGCAAAUAAUCUGACUACCAUCAAAUGUUCCACUCUGAUAGAACAACAAUUUAUGUAUGGCAAGAUUGAUCUGGGUUUUGGAACAAAGGUGGCAGAUUCUGAAUUGUGCAAACUUGCUGCUGAUGUAAUUUUAAAAACACUUGAUUUGAUGAAUAAACUUAAACAGUUGGUUCCUGGUAUGGAAGUAAGCUUCUACAAAAUCCUUCAGGAUUCACGCCUGAUUACUCCCUUGGCUUUUGCUUUAACAUCUGAUAAUAGAGAACAAGUACAGUCUGGAUUGGGAAUAUUAUUGGAAGCUGCUCCACUGCCAGAUUUUCCUGCUUUAGUACUUGGAGAAAGUAUAGCUGCAAACAAUGCCUACAGACAGCAAGAAACAGUACAUACUCCCAGAAGAAUGCCUUUGCAAUCAUUAAAUCACAGUUUUCCAACAUCAGUAAAAUGUUUAACUCCUCCAUUUUUAAAAGAUAAAGUUCCUGGAUUGAACAUUGAAGAAUUAAUAGAGAAACUGCAGUCUGGAGUGGUGGUAAAUGAUCAGAUUAAUGAUGUGAGAAUAUCUGACAUAAUGGAUGUAUAUGAGCUGAAACUAUCCACAUUAGCCUCCAAAGAAAGCAGGCUACAAGAUCUCUUGGAAGCAAAAGCUCUAGCCCUUGCACAGGCUGAUAGACUGAUUGCUCAGUAUCGCUGUCAAAGAACUCAAGCCGAGACAGAGGCACGGACACUUGCUAGUAUGUUAAGAGAAGUUGAGAGAAAAAAUGAAGAGCUUGGUGUGUUGCUGAAGUCACAGCAGGUUGAAUCAGAGAGAGCCCAGAGUGAUAUUGAGCAUCUCUUUCAACAUAAUAGGAAAUUAGAGUCUGUGGCUGAAGAACAUGAAAUACUGACAAAAUCCUACAUGGAACUUCUUCAGAGGAAUGAAACUGCUGAAAAGAAAAAUAAAGAUUUACAGAUCACAUGUGAUUCUCUGAAUAAACAAAUUGAGACAGUGAAAAAAUUAAAUGAGUCACUCAAGCAGCAAAAUGAAAAAACUAUUGCCCAAUUAAUAGAAAAAGAAGAACAGAGAAAAGAAGUACAGAACCAACUAGUAGACAGAGAUUGUAAACUAGGAAACUUGCAACAGAAAACAAAGGUACAAGAAGAAAAGAUUAAAGCCUUACAAAAAGAAAGGGAAGAUAAGGAAGACACCAUUGAUAUCCUUAGAAAAGAAUUAAGCAGAACAGAACAGAUAAAAAAAGAAUUGAGUAUUAAGGCUUCCUCUCUAGAAGUUCAAAAGGCCCAAUUGGAAGGUCGUUUGGAAGAGAAAGAGUCGCUGGUGAAACUUCAGCAGGAGGAGUUGAACAAACACUCACAUAUGAUAGCAAUGAUCCACAGUUUAAGUGGUGGAAAAAUAAGUCCAGAAACUGUGAAUCUCAGUAUAUAGAUAUUAUGUAAUUUGUGAUUACAAAACAAUAGCAAUUAUUACCUAAUCUUAAUUUAGUAAAGAAUCUGAUCUGAAUGUUUUUGUCUUAAAAGUCUUACUUCCUGUUUCUGGCUUUCAUUGUAUAAAGCUUUCUUUGAUUCUUAGAUUGUAUAUAUUCUUCUUGAUCUCCCGUUUUGUUUUUUUCUAAGGCUUUUUUCCUUUUCUUUAGUUGCUUUCCAUUUUAUUUCGCUGUUUAAUUUAUUCUUGAUUAUUUAGAUUUUAGAGUCAAACUCUCUUGAUGUGACAACUUGAAAGUAAUAAAAUGAGAAUACAAUUAUUAGUAAAAAGAGAAACCAUGAUAUUAUUAGAGAAGUUUUUCUCUAAAAUAGCACAAAAGAAAAUAUCAAUGAAUUUAAAAUAAUUUUACUACUGCCAUUUAAAAUGCAGAAAGGUAUAUAGUAUAAUUUCUAAAUUCAAAAAAAAUGUGAUGAAUAGUUACAGAAAUAAUGUAUAAAAAUUAGAAAAUAGCUGGUAUGUUAAAUGACUACAUUGUCACACAAAAACUAUGGUAACUUAACGGAUUAUUUAUAAGAUAGCCUUAGUUUUUACUCAUUUUAAAAUUUUGCAUGUUGGACAACCAAAUUAUUUUCAGUAUGAAUUUCUUAUGACUUGAAGGGUAACUUAAGAGCCUAUGCUUGCUACAUAUUCAGAAUUUUAUUAUUUGUUAAUUCUGAUGUGAGUUGCAUUUAAUGUAUUUCAUUUAAAGUUUUUAAUUGUGUCAUUUAAUUUUAAAGCAUAGGUUAAAUAUCCUUAUUAAUGUAUUUCUUUAAUACAAAGGAAUUUUUCAGUGCUCUUCAUUUGAAUCAAAUGUUCUAAGUAGUAUUUAAACAGUUUUUAUGUCAGUAUUUUGAUUGAUUUUUUUGCUAUACUAUUAUAAUCAUUAAUUUUAUUUGGUGUUUUCUUCACUAUCCUGAUAUGACUUAAGUGAACUUUGAGUUACUUCUAUUUUUCAACCAUAGUAUAUCUAAAUUCAUGUUUAGAGAUUAAAAAUAUCUUCAUAGUUGGCUGGUUACAUUAAAGAAUAUCAAACUAUAAUAGUUUUAUAUAUAUUUGUAUAUAUUUUGUAUAGUUAUGCAAAAUUUUUAAAACAUUGUACAGAGUAACACAUUUUAAAUUGCUAUUAAGAGGGUCAUUUCUCUUUUGAAACUGCGUGCUUUUUCAAUUUAAUAUGAAAACAAUGUUUAAAUGGAUAGAUAUGACUGAAGAACAGAAAGCUCUCUAAAGUGGGAAACACAAGUUCUGUAAAAUAAGUAAAAUGAACCAAAAGUUCUAGGCAAAUCAAGCUAUCUUUACAAUUUAGACACUCGGCUCAAAUAGAGCUUGACAGAACCAAAUGUUGCCAAAUAGAGGUUCUUGUGAUAAUGAAGAUGUUCUAUACACUGCCCAGUGUCAUAGCCAGUAGCUACAUGUGGCAAUUGAACACUUAAAAUUUGGCUAGUGCAACUAGAAAUUUGAAUUUAAUUUUUUUUUUAAUUUUUAAUUCUGUUUGACUUUAAAUGUUAAUGCUAUCCUGCUGGACACUGCAGUUCUAUUCUAGUCCAUUCUUCCAAGUAUGCAUUUAUUUAAACCACUCAAUUUGUGAAUUUUUAAAGGCCUGUGUAGUCUAAGACUCCGUAUAUUUUUUAGCAGCAUUUUUUUUUACUACAACAAUUUUAACCUGUUAUUUCUAAUCUCUUCUCUCUGAAAAGGAAAAACAAUAUGUCAUCUUUAAAGGUGAAUGCUAAUCAUCAUCCUUCUUCAAUUCUCCUAUAUUUUUCUAGUCUUUGUCUUUCGUGGCAUCUUUUUAUAUUGUUCCUAUUUUCUUAAUCUUAGUAUAUUGGGUACUUUUCAUGCUUUAUGAUUCUGUGUACCUCAGAUUUUUUUAAAAAGUGUGUGUGUGUGUGUGUGUGUGUGUGUAUUUUCUUUAUUAAAAAAUGUUAAGCAAAUUUAAGCCACCACCAGAGUUUUACAAAUGAUUUCUAUGUGUGUGUGCCCAUUUCCCUUAAUGGAAAAAACAAAACUAAGUAAAUGCAUCUUUAUAUUAGAAUUGUUCAAAUUCUCUAAAAAUUGAGCUAUGAAUAGUUUGUAUCCAAGUGUACAUACAUUAACACAGUUUUACUAUUUACAUUUGCUACUUAAACAAAUACAUAGACUCUCUUAAAAUUUGGCUGGAGUUUAUACUAAACUAUUUAAUCUCAGGGUAAAAAAAAUAAUACUUAUUAAAACUUAAUUCUUUGUUUUGUGGAAAAUUGUCAUAUUAGUGCCCUUUUAGUUUUACUUAUAGAUAUUGUGAAGACUAGUUAUUUAUGUUAAGGAUGUAAUGAGAUUCUGUUUUGAGUCAGGACUGUUAAGUGAUAAUACGUUUGAAUUUCAGUGUCUUCAUCCAGGUGUGUUAUAGAUACCUCUAAUCAAGGUAUAUUCCCUAAAACUCAUAAACUUAUUUUAAUUUGAUUCUUUUCCUCUUUUCAAAUAAUUACAACUUAGCUUUUGACUUAACUGCUAUUGGACUAAACACAUGUCCUGUUGUAACUUAAUUCUUCUCUAGGAACCAGCAAACAUUUUCUGCCAGCUAGUAAAUAUUUUAGGCUUUGUGAGUCUUACGGUCUUUCUCACUACUCACCUAUGCAGUUGUAGCAUAGAAACAGCCAUAGACAGUAAGUGGCAUGGCUGUGUUCCAGUAAAACUUUACUAAAACAACCAAGCAUUGCCGUUGCAUAUUAUAUCUUACUGAUUAAUUGACCCUUUUAUCAUUAAGAAAGGUGCCUCUUCAUAUUUGAUACUCUAUCUUGAGGUCUAUUACUUGAUAUUAAUAUAUUUACUCCAGCCUUUUUAUGUUUUCUCUUGACUCGGUAUAUCUUUUUCUAUCAGUUUGCUAUUGUCCUAUGUCUUUAUAUGUAAAACUCAUGACUUGUACACAUUAUGUAUUUGGGUCUUGCUUUUUUAUCUCUUUUGACAAAUAACUCCUUAAUUUUCAUAGUACACUUGGAGUUAAUAUUGCACUACUUAAUAGAAAUGUAGAAACCUUGUAACUAUGUCAGUCCCUUUACCCUCUCAUCUUUUAUGCUAUAGUUGGCACAUACAUCUAUAUGUAUUAGCCCCCAAAACAAUGUUAUAAUUUUUGCUUUAAUCAGUUGUAUGGACAUAUCCUGGCUCUCAACAUCAUAAUAUAUUUUACCUAUUUGCACAGAGAAAUACACACAAAAUAGUGUCUUUGACUUAACAUUACUAUUUUUCCCUUUGGAAAUAAUAAGUAACUUUUGGGGAGAUACUGCAAAUACCCUCUGUCUUCCAGUUUUCACCCACUAGUUAUAGCAUCCAUUGGUAAUACUUGAGCCAGUUAUUACUCUGAUGGAUGCCAAGUGGUUAUUUUCUUUUAUUUUUUAAUUGGGGGAAAUUGAAGACUUUAGCAAUACUAUGAUGUACUGAGAAAAGCAAUCUAAAUUACAUCAUUUAUUACAUCAUUGACAAAAUGCAAUGCCUAAUAUUAAUAGUGUUUACUUUUUGUGUGCAUAUCUCACAAGCUAAGAAUUUGCUGUUUUCUUUCUGUAGUUUAAGAAAAUAAGCAAUAGGUAUGUUAAGUAUAUUGAGUCUUUUUAAAACUGCAGAGGUCUUUGGAUAUUAUUUUCCAUGCCAAGCCCCCUAAUUUGAGAAUUUGUCACUUGGAUCAUAGGAUUCUGUUUUGUUUCCGUCACUUGCCACUCUCUCAAUGAUCACUAAUAAAUAUUAAAUGCAUAUUACCCAUAAUGAUAAAUAAGUCUUUUGGAUUAAGAAACUAGUUGUAUGUUUACAGCAUUCACUGAGCUUAUAUUCAAGAAAAUGUCUUUUAAAUAAUUGAAAGUGAAUAAAUAAAAAUAUGGUGUAUGUCUUUAAAA